GGCAUAUUAAAAAUGUACGCGACGAUGCGCCUCUGACUUGCACAAUGCGAUGCCUUGAUGGUUAGUGACGGCGGACGGGUGUGCGUUUCACAUUUAUUAUUGUCGAGUUCGCCGUGCCUGCUGCGUUUCUCUGUCAUAGUUGUGCGGCGCACUGUGUGACCUUACUCGGAAGAAUUUCAAGAGGCUCUGUACUUUGAUCAUCUUAUCUCACGUGUGAAUAACCAGAUUUCGAUCAGUCUUCGCCCAGCUCUGAUUCUAAUUAGUCCGCCAUGGGACUUUUGCUCUUUGGCGCCUUGGCCGUGGGCCUAUUUGUGGCCUGUAGGCUCAGCGCCAAAAUCAACUAUGUGACCAGAUUCACAUAUUUUGUGAUAUUCUCGUGUCUUGCGGGAACGAUUUUCAUCCCGCUUAUGUUCUUCAAGCCAAGAGAUUCUCGGAACGGAUUACUUCCAGCAGCUUUCCUACUAUUUUGGAUGCGAGUCAUUGGAACUACUUACGAAGUGAAAGGGAAAGAGAAUAUUGUUAAAAAUACAGGAGCAGUGGUUUUGAUGAACCACCAAAGUGUUCUGGAUCUCAAUGUUUUAGGCUGCAUCUGGCCACACACUCCAAAUGGCUGCGUUAUUUCUAAAAGGGAAGUUUUCUGGCUUUGGCCUUUUGGACUAGGGGCUUGGCUCUGGGGCACCGUCUUCAUCAAUAAACUGAACCCAGAAACGUCGCAGAAAGACCUUAACAAGGCUGGAUCACACAUUGCCACAAGCAAAGCUCGCAUUUGCAUGUUCCCAGAAGGAACAAGACACAGAGGACCAGAUCUUCUACCUUUUAAGAAGGGCGCAUUCCACCUUGCCCUGAAUGCCCAGUGCCCAAUUCAGCCAAUUGUUAUUAACAACUACCACUUUUUAGACGACAAAACUUGGAGAUUUGAAUCAGGGCACACGAUCAUUCAAGUCUUGCCAGCCAUCGAAACAAAAGGAAUGGGAAAAGAGGACUUGCCGGCCUUAAUUGAUAAGGCUCACAAGGUCAUGAAUGAAGGUUUCAAGAAACUUAACGAAAAAACGACAUGGUAAUCUAAAGGAGUGACUUCUAUGAGAAAUAAGCCUGCAGGAAUGUUGAAAGUGGUAAACAAUUUUGUACACAUUGUUCUGCAAUUCAAUCUCUCCUGGAUUAUUUGUGUUCCUUUCCAUAAAAUAAACAAAGAAACUCCGUAAACGUACAAAAAAUAUAUUCAUUUUCCCUUUGCACA